CUGACUAAAGAACACUUCCUGCAUUUCUGAGUUUCUUUUAAGUAAGGUUUUAUGUUUUACUCGAAACCAAAAUAUGCCCGUGUGGACUCUUUGGACUCUGGAAGAAGGCAGCGCGUUAAGCCCAUCGCCUGAUAGCAGCUGCUGCCAGUAACAUCUGUCUCUGAGUCUCUCAUAUCUUUAGUCCAGAAAUGUUAACACAAGGACAGCAACACAUAGAGUAUGAUGAUAAUAUAAAUGUAUUUCACCGCAGAGCCAAGCAGCUUGACUGGAAAAGGCAGGAAAUGUGAUUCUGCGUCACGAAGCUCUUGCCCAGGAAAGAGGAUGCUCAGACAGAAACAGUCUCCGCCAGUCAAGAAACCCUCCAAAUUAUUUUGCCAUGGAUGUAGAAGAUGAAGAAAACAUGAGUUCGAGCAGCACAGACGCUAAGGAAAACUGCAGCCUGGACGGCGCACCCCCCAAGGACGGCAGCGCCCCGGGGCCCGGCGAGGGCGCCCCACUCUCCAACGGGGGCGGCGGGGGCGCCGGCAGGAAGCGGGCCCUGGACGAGGGCAGCAACGGCCACGCCAGGUUCCGCCUGAAGAAGCGGAGGAGGGCGCCGGGGCCCGCGCUGCCCAAGAACGCGCUGAUGCAGCUCAAUGAGAUCAAGCCCGGCCUGCAGUACACGCUGCUGUCACAGACGGGGCCGGUGCACGCGCCCCUCUUCCUCAUGUCUGUCGAGGUCAACGGGCAGGUCUUCGAGGGCUCUGGCCCCACCAAGAAGAAGGCCAAGCUGCACGCGGCCGAGAAGGCCUUGCGCUCGUUCGUGCAGUUCCCCAACGCCUCCGAGGCCCACCUGGCCAUGGGCCGGAGCCUGUCGGCCAACGCGGACUUCACCUCCGACCAGGCCGACUUCCCCGACGCGCUCUUCAAUGGCUUCGAGACCCCGGACAGGUCGGACGUGCCCUUCUACCUGGGCUCCAAUGGCGACGACUCCUUCAGCUCCAGCGGGGACCUCAGCCUGGCCGCGUCCCCGGUGCCCGCCAGCCUGGCCCAGCCACCCCUCCCCGUGCCCCCGCCCUUCCCACCGCCGAGCGGGAAGAACCCCGUGAUGAUCUUGAACGAGCUGCGCCCGGGACUGAAGUACGACUUCCUCUCGGAGAGCGGGGAGAGCCACGCCAAGAACUUUGUCAUGUCCGUGGUCGUGGACGGCCAGUUCUUUGAAGGCUCAGGAAGGAACAAAAAGCUGGCGAAGGCGCGGGCCGCGCAGUCUGCCCUGGCGACCGUCUUUAACUUGCACUUGGACCAGACCCCGUCCCGCCAGCCUGUCCCCAGCGAGGGCCUUCAGUUGCACCUGCCACAGGUCUUAGCGGACGCCGUGGCCCGCCUGGUUCUGGAUAAGUUUGGGGACCUGACGGACAACUUCGCCUCCCCCCACGCACGCAGGAAAGUUCUCGCUGGAAUCGUCAUGACAACAGGCACAGACGUGAAGGAUGCCAAGGUGAUCAGUGUCUCUACGGGGACCAAGUGCAUCAACGGCGAGUACAUGAGCGACCGCGGCCUCGCGCUCAACGACUGCCACGCGGAAAUCAUAUCGCGGAGAUCCCUGCUUAGGUUUCUUUACACACAACUUGAGCUUUACUUAAAUAGCAAAGAUGAUCAGAAAAGGUCUAUCUUCGAGAAGUCUGAGCGGGGAGGCUUUAAGCUGAAGGAGAACGUCCAGUUCCACCUGUACAUCAGCACCUCGCCCUGUGGGGACGCUAGGAUCUUCUCACCACACGAGCCCGUCCUGGAAGAACCAGCAGACAGACAUCCGAAUCGUAAAGCGCGAGGACAGCUGCGCACAAAAAUAGAGUCUGGAGAGGGGACCAUCCCGGUGCGCUCGAACGCCAGCAUCCAGACGUGGGACGGGGUGCUGCAGGGGGAGCGGCUGCUCACCAUGUCCUGCAGCGACAAGAUGGCGCGGUGGAACGUGGUGGGCAUCCAGGGGGCCCUGCUCAGCAUCUUCGUGGAGCCCAUCUACUUCUCCAGCAUCAUCCUCGGCAGCCUGUACCACGGGGACCACCUCUCCAGGGCCGUGUACCAGCGCAUCUGCAGCAUAGAGGACCUGCCCGCCCUCUACACCCUCAACAAGCCUCUGCUCAGCGGCAUCAGCAACGCGGAGGCGCGGCAGCCGGGGAAGGCCCCCAACUUCAGUGUCAACUGGACGGUGGGCGACGCGGCCCUCGAGGUCAUCUGCGCCACCACGGGGAAGGACGAGCUGGGCCGCGCCUCCCGCCUGUGUAAGCACGCGCUGUACUGUCGCUGGAUGCGCGUGCACGGCAAGGUCCCCUCCAACUUACUGCGUUCCAAGAUCACUAAACCCAACGUGUACCACGAGUCCAAGCUGGUGGCCAAGGAGUACCAGGCUGCCAAGGCCUGUCUGUUCAGGGCCUUCAUCAAGGCCGGGCUGGGUGCCUGGGUGGAGAAGCCCACGGAGCAGGACCAGUUCUCACUCACACCCUGACGGGCGUGCAGCACGGCCCCGAACCUCGCAGCUGAGCCGGGGCAGGUGUGGGAUGUGGGGGCGCCAGCAUGGGGCCCCGCUCCUGGGGGCAGGCGCCCGGUGUGGGGGGUGUGCGGUGUGGGGGUCUGGCCUCAGGGUCCCGUGUCACCACCUGGCAUCUCUCUGCAGAAGCGUUUCCCCUUUUGAAUCAUCCAGUGACUGCUUUCAACCUCAGUUUACAUUUAGAAAUUGAGUUCUACUGAGUAGGGCUUCCUGAAGUUUAGGAAAAAUAGAAAUUACUUUGUGUGAAAUUCUUGAAUAAUUAAUUUAUUCAGAACUAGGAAUAUGGUUUAUAAAGUAAGAAAUAACUAUGUCAGGUCACUCUCGUGCCACAUUAUUUUAAUUGCAAAGAAGCAUUUAUAUAUGGCGGGAGUGAGGAAACAGGCAGGAAGUAGUAGCCUAAGGACACUGUCCCCGUCCACACGGAGGCCCCUCUUCCCUGUAGGUGCUGCCCUCCACCUAGCCUCCCCGGGAGAGCGCUCCGCCCGUGGAGCCCGAGUCCGCAGUGCAGUGACCCGCGGUGCGGCGCCUGGGGUUUCGGCCCAGGUCCCUGCAGCCUCCAGCCUCCUCUCGAAGUUUCUGUGCUCCUCGUAGGACCAGAUCAUGGAAAACGUCUCUUGGUUUACUUCUAAAUAAUCAGAGAUCAAAUGUAGCCAGCAAGCCUGGCCGUUGAUGUGGGUUUUUUAAGCAGUGUUUAACUUUCAGGGACUGGAAGGAAUCCCAGAGGCUCCUGCACAGUAAAUAGCCCAGAAUCCCCUCUGGUCCUUCCUCCGAAUCUCCUGGGUGUGAAUGACUGUCCCAAGAUCGUCACAGGAUGGAAACAGAACUGAUUAAGUAGAUACUCAUCCUUGGAAAAUGCCACUUAAGGCGUAUUUUUAAAUUAUUCUUUCCAGCUUUGUCAAGGACAUGUUUGAAGUGUAAGAAGCGUUCAGGCUGAAAGCUGGCGAGACAGCAUGUUGCUGGUGGGGUCUCAACUGGGAUCAGGUUUUGAUGUCACGGCAGGGAAGGGGCUGGCCUGGCGCCCGGGGCGCCCGGGAUCCUGUUGGGCACCCCGCAGCACUCAGGACACCCCCAGGCGGGCAGAGCGAGCUGGGGGCCCGGGGAGGCUGCCCCACCCCAACGUGGAGGUCCACGCCAGGCAUCUCCCGUUUCCACUCAGGUCGGGGAGGAGCCCUGUGCCCUUUGCUGGGUCAGCGCCAGUUUCUGGUCCUGGGGGCUCUCGGACGUGCCGUAGGCAGAGAGGGCCCUCCAGCCAAGUCCAGGCAUCACACUGUGUACCUGGGUGUCCUGUGUCCUUUAUGGGCUCAGAAAACUCAGGGCCGGAGCAGGACAGCCACUGGCACUUCGGCGCAGAUCCCGUGCGCUCAGAGUGGGCGAUGAGGCCCCAGAAGGUCGUGUCUCCGGGUGUCUCCUCGCGUCUGCACAGGGACCCUGUGGGCGCGUGCGGGGCAGGGGGAGGGGGCCUCACUGCCGGGGGCCUGGCCGGGUCAGGGAAUGAGGGUCCCCACGCCACCGUUUCUGCAGGGCAUUUGCCCGUCCUGACCCUGUUAGCACAGGGCUCAGGCCCUCACCGCCCCGCGGGGCCCGCUGUGCUUUCACCCAAGAACAGAAAGGUGUCCGGUGGGGCCCCACCCCCAGGCAGGCUCCUGCACACUCCGAAAAGACACCUGUGCGUCCCUUCAUUUUUAUUCUUGUCUCUAUAGAUGGUAUUUUUUCUAAUGGGGAUUGGGAGAUGGACUUAGUUUUUAAAAAAUAUGUGGCUUUGGUUACGAAGUCCGGAGGAAUGAUAUUGCACAUGCACCCAAGCUGUCCAGGCGGCCCGCUCCCCCGUCAGCCCAUCGAGGACCCACCCCCACCCCAAUGAACGGAUGCCUUGCCGCGUGGGUGCGCAGCCCGGCUGUGCCCUGCGGCCUUUCCCGGGUCAGACGGGUGUGACCGAGCAGCACGGCCUGACGCAGGGCUCCUGCCCCGAGAGCCCCGGGCCUGCAAGGGGUGCUGGGGAGGAAGGCGGCCAGGGCUUGGCGGGGUGGGCGGCGGGGACGGGGAGGAGCAGGAGGCCUGCACAGCCCCUGCUCCCGGGACAGGGCAGCCGGCACACGCGUCUGUGAUCAGGGGAAAGGAGGACGUGCACCCCCGCCCCCCAGGCAGAUCCGGGCGCAGCCGGCCAGGCGCCACCGCGGAGUCACCUCCUCCAGGGUCCAGGGCUCUUCAUCUGGGUUGUAGAAACUUUGGAAAUCUGAUACAACCAAGAAUUUGAUCUUUUGAGAAAAAUCUUGCAUUUUGAGGACAUUUUGACCAGUGGGGUUUGGGAAGGUUUCUGUUCUGUCUUGUCGGCGAAGCCUGGAGUGUUAAUCCUGUGAGGACACCGGCCUGGGCCCCCUGGGCAGCUGUCCUGCAGGCAGGAAGGUCCCUCACAGAGGAGUCUCGUUUUUGUGAUGCGAGCCGGGGCUCGUGGGGGGGUGGGGGGUGGCCAAGGUGGGGCCGUCAUCGCGGGUUCCUCAGCCCUCAUCCCUGCUCACCUCCUCCCUGCAGUUUGACUCCGAGUCUUAACGGGGCUUUUUGUCAUUUUUUUUCUAUUUUGGAGAUUUUUUAUUAUAAUCAAAAAGUUAUUUUAUUUUAAAAUGUACAAGCCAACAUUUCACAAGGUAUUAAUUUCUCUGGAAUGUAUUUUCUUUGAGUAAUUUUGUUGCCCUUCAGACUACAGAGCCCUGCUCUCCGCAGCCGAGCCUCCCGGCCUCCUGGGGUGGGCAGGCCCCAGAGUGGGAUUGGUGGGCGCUGGGACGGGAGUGCACGCCCUGCCCUUUUCCUCCAGAAACAAACAAAAAAGACAGAUGGAUUUUUUUCCAUUUCCAAAAAAUGUUUUACACCAAAAUAUAAGGUCUGCUCCAACCAUAAAUUUGAUCCAGCAUGAGAAGUAAAAUUAGCUGGCUAUCCCAUCUCUAAAUUCUAUGAAAUUAGUGAAUCUCUGAAAAGGUUUCUUUAUAUCAAAACUAUACAGAUGCAAAGAGCAGAGUGUGUAUGAUCAUGUGAAUCCAGUCUUGUGUGUCCUUGUCCCCGGCGCGUCCCGUGACCAUCACUCCCCAGCCAGAGGCCGGCCCGGGGCACUGGGUUCUGCGUCUGCACACCUCGGGGGGGAGAGGCUCUGACUUGACCUUGACUCCGAGCUCCUGUCUCUGGCAGCGCGUCUGCACCUCCCGUUUGGAGGGACGCGCCCCCGGCCCCAAGAGCUCUCGUUUGGCCACGGCCUGGGCUGAUGGUGCAUCGCAGACGCAGCCGUGAGCUGUUACAGGUGGUCUGUGGGAUGUUCCUGGAGUGAGCCCCAAAAGCUGUUUGCUUCUCUGACUUUGGAGUAUACGCUUUUCAUUUUAUCCUAGAAUUCGGACACUUUAUGUGAAUGUAAUUCACCCAAGAACGCUGUCACUAAGGUGCCCUCCUCGGCGUGCCCUGCGUGUACACUGACGUACAGGCCACGCGUGACCCCUGCAUGAGCUUCCUCCCGCACCAGGACCAGCUGGGACCAAGCAUGAGACGCUGUCCCGCAGACAGAGGACUUGAGAUGUUCUCAAUAAACCAUGUUUCACUACCGCAGCCUCGCCAAGACUCUCUCCUCCCUGCUUCCCUCCCCGCUUGGUGUGGCGCGGGUCUGGGAGAGUGCGGGUGGGCGCCGGGCCCACGCCCUCUGAUCCCCCCUCCCCCCACCGUGGGUCCCUAGCGCACGCGGCCACUCCCGCGUGUAAGGCCGAGGAGUGGGAUGGCACAGCGGGCCCUGCUCCUGUCCCGGCUGUAGAAAGGGAGGGUGACGUGAGCCCGCAGGACCUGAGGUGUGUGGGGGGACGUGGUCGGGACAGCAGGGGGGCAGCCAGAUGGGUGCGGCGCGGACCGGACCGCCUGGGCGUCGGCACAGCGAGGCCCGGCCGGGGUGCGGGGAAGAGCUGUCCGUUCAGGGCUGGCAUUCGCAGGCAAGUGGAAGCCGGGCUGCCAGUGGCGUGGAGGCUCACGGUUGUAGAGAAAUUCGGGUGCCUCACGUAAGGCGGGUACGAGCACACGCGGAAGAGUCUGGAAGGGACGAGCCCGGUCACCGUGUGUGGAUGACGGGAUUGGGAGUCAUUUCAGUGUUAUUUUCCUUUUUAAAAAAACGUAUCCCUUUGGCCAACAUUUCUAUGUCAACAUGAAAAACAAACAGGGAAGCCUUUUGAAAAGUUGGACGUCCCAUGCAAAUAAAAAGCAGCUCUGUCAUGACACCUGCUCU